UCUCAAAUUGCGCGUUGCCGCGUCACCGCAUCUCGUGCCCGCCGACUCGCCGUCCGGCAACGGCGUUUCUUGGUCAGCGCCGCCUAGUCAGCCGCCAGCCUUGAAAUGACAUGCCGCGCGGCCGCAGGGUCCUCGCCCUGCUGUUCCGCGCCACCUCCACCGCCGUCCGCCGCUGCCACCCGUGCGCCUCCCCGCUGGCCCUCCACCCUCUCCUCCUCAAGUCCGGACGGGCCUCGCAGCCCCACAUCGCCACGGCCCUCGCCGUCGCGUACGCCGACUCCGGCCGCCUCCCCCACGCGCGCAGGGUGUUCGACGAUACGCCGCACAAGGACCUCGUGCUAUGCAACGCCAUGGUCGCCUGCUACGCCGCGCACGGGCUCGCGCUCCACGCCUGGUCCCUCUUCGCCUCCAUGCGGAGGACCAGUCCCGACCUCGCCGGCGACGGGUUCACCUUCAGCGCCCUGCUGCGCCCUCCGCGCCAGUCCGAUGAUGCCGAGCUGCUCCUCAGGCUGGGGGCGCUGGCGCACGGCCUCGUGCUCAGGCUGGGCCACCUCGCGGACGUGGUGGUGGCCACCGCGCUGCUCGACAUGUACUCCAAGUAUGGCCGGAUUGCCGAUGCGCACCGGGUGUUCAACGCCAUGGUUGUCAGGAACGUCGUCUCCUGGAACGCCAUCAUUGUCUGCUACGGCUGGCAUGGUGAAGGCAAGGACGCCGUGGAGCUCUUCCGGUGGAUGCUGAGGGAUGGGUGCUGCUGCCCAGAUGAACGCACUCUUGCCAGUGUGCUUAGCUCCUGCGCCAACAUGGCAGCAGCGAACGAGGCUACACAAGCUCAUUCGUAUGCCCAAAAAAGGGGGCUACAAGGAUUUCUGCAGGUUGCGAAUGCUCUUAUCAUGGCAUAUGGUAAGAACGGUUUUGUCCAAGAGGUGAAAUGGAUAUUUGCAAUGACGGAGAACCCGGAUGUAGUCACAUGGUCUUCCAUGGUUUCUUCACACGCGUACCUCGGACAUGCCAAGGAUGCCAUGCAUUUGUUUGAGAGAAUGCUCCAACAAGGCAUACAGCCUGAUGGCAUUGCCUUCCUUGGAGUUCUUUCUGCCUGCAGUCAAGCUGGGCUCAUUGAAGAUGGCUUACGCUAUUUCCUUAUGAUGACAGGGGGCUACCUUAUUGAUCCGAGUCCACAGCAUCUGGCUUGUCUGGUUGAUCUCCUAGGGAGAGCUGGCAGGAUUGAAGAUGCUUACAAUGUUGUAGUCAAAUUUUCCUGCGAAAGCAACGCUGAUAUUAUUGGAGCUUUCCUUGGUGCUUGCAAGAUGCGGGGCAAUAUCGAGUUGGCAAAGUGGGCUGCUGAUAAGCUUCUACGCCUGGAGCCAAGCGAGGCAGUAAAUUAUCUGCUUAUGUCCAAUGCAUUUGCUGCUGCAGGAGCUUGGAAUGAGCUUGCACAAGUAAGAUGUAUGAUGAGGAACAGGUGUGCAAAGAAGGUGCCUGGCUGUAGUUGGAUAGAAAUAAGUGGAACGGUUCGGACAUUCGUCUCCAAUGAUAUGGUGCUCCAUCGAUCGAUGGAGAUGCAUCAAAUGAUGGAGCUUACUAUUUCACAAGUGCAAAAAGAGUGCAAGGAAGACACAAUUUGUGAGGAUCCAAAACAAUGGCAGUGAUACUUUUCAGUAUAUUUGAUUUACUAAUCUGGGUCACUUGGGCAUCUGCAACCGUCCCAGAGCUUAUUAGUGUGACCGUUCCCAUGUAAGUGAUAUAUCUUUAGCUUUAUGUAUUUGUGCCAACUUGUAAUAACACUAUUUAAAUUGCCAAAACUGCCUGAUUAGGUGCAUAAAAAUUAAAAAUAUGAUUUAUCUAAAUUCAGGACAGCAGAAAGCACCACUAUGUUUUAUUCUGUGUCAUAAUUAUGUAGUAUUGAAACAAAAAUAUAGAAUUAUUACAAUAUGCAAAUCAAUCUUAUGUGUUCUAGAAUAUCAAGCUAUUAAAUUUCAUGUUUAAAAUCUUAGGAAAUAGUUAAUACUGUAGCAAAUAGGUGAUAGCUCUUUCACUAUCUUAGGAACUGAUAUAUUUGAUUUUCCUUGCGAAAGGUUCCUUGCCAUAAAUUUCGUGUUCCCUUUUGCCAUACUGCACUUAGUUUUAAAUUUAGCCAUUCUGUUCUAUUUUAUAUUGAACAGUUGCCAUACUUUACGUUUGCAGUUCAUAAAUGGGUAAGAUGCUUACGCCAGGUAGUCCUUGUGGAGUACUACUUUAGAGAAAUAGAUAUCUAACCUGAUAUGUCUCUUCGAUAUCCAUUUUCGUUUAUUCAUGUGUUUUUGAUUUUGUAAACAAGAUUUAAGAUCUGCAUAUUCUUGCUCUCAUGUUUUGCUUCUUUAUGGCCUGUUAAUCUGUUACUGAUUUCCAUUUGCUUCUAGAGUAAUAUUUUGGGUGCUUCUCUCAGGAAGUUGAAGAUUAUGUCUAUACCAAUGUUGUUAUUUGAGCAAGCUUCUAACAUAAUCUCGCGGGAUACUGGUGUUGACUUGGAAGAGAGUACAGAUCCCACCUUGUUUACCAAAACCAACAGCACCCUUUAGGAUCUCAUUCAAUUUUAAACAUUGCACUGACUUUGUGAAUCCAAAGGACUACAAGCAGUUGGUACAGGAGGUCCAUAUUUUCUCCCUGCUUGAAGUCAAUGUUUCUUCCAUUCUUGGUAGCUUUCUUGACUCCAGUAUUCAAUGUUUUGUCCUUCAGGUACUCACUUAGAUGACUGAUGUUGGAGUUAACCGCAGUGUUGGAUGCACAUGCCACAUUGACACUAUGGGUUCUGUAUGUUCUGAAGAUACCCAUGAAUUGCAUUGCCUGUUGAGCGUGGUUCCUUUUCUGAUAGGACUCCUGACAAUCUGAAUUCAGUGAUGGGGCGUUGUUGUGCUAAGGAUAUUGGAAUUAAACCCAUCCAAUGAACUUAUUGAACAAAGAGGACUCUGAAAGGACUCCCUUGGGAACUACAAGCCACCUCCAAUAAGCUCUAGGCUGUGGAAUUGUACAUGAUAGAAUCAUAUGUGAGUUGUACUUGUUUCCAUUCAGAGUGAAAACUUGAAUAGUAACACCUCUUUUGAACAAGCAGAGAUGAAUUUAUCUACAACAAAGAUGGACUUUAGUUAUAGCUUUCAAAGAAAAAGAGAGAGAGAGAGAGAGGGACUUCAGUUGUAAAUAGAUUUCAAAAGAUAUGAUCAGCAACAUAGCAUCAGAACCAGAUCCGGGAGCUACUCCCAGAUCAGAAAAUUGUCAGUAAAUGAACUUAUUACAUAGUAGUUGGAACCAGAAAAAUUUCAACCUCAUGCUUUAAAUGUGGCCCCAAUGCAAUGUUUGGUACAUAUACAUCACAUAAUUGCUUCCUUUAAAAAUAAAACUGUUCAUGUUGAGUCUGUUGAUUCCCUCAAACCAUCCAAAUGAACAUUUCAACCAUACACCAGGGUUUUAUGCUUCUUUAUUUCUGUUGCAUGCAUCACUCAAGUCUGACUCAUCUGAUUCUACAGAAGACUUGUCUGCUCUCCUCGGUGUGCCAGCUAGGGCAGGCUCUUACAGGGUAAAAAGUCCUUUGGUGGAGAAAGACACAUUUGUUUGUACUAUGACUUUCCUCUUUUGCUCUGUACACCAAUUUUCACUUUUUUUCCUUUAAUAUAUGAAAUCUACUCUUACAUAAAGGAUGACCACGAUGUGAAUCAUAAUUUUCCAUAAAUUAUAGUGUUGUUUGGAACAGUGUAUUGCUCUAGCAAUGUUUCAGGUUUAUUUUAAAUUUGAAAAGAGUAUAGUUAUCAGUGUGAAUUUGAGCAUAAUCCUAGGUAUUUGUAAUAAAGUCUCUGCUAUAUAACUAUGUUCCAAAUUGGGAUAGGCCUCAUUUCUAAACUGCAAAAUAGGGAAAAUGUCAGAAAUGAAAAACAUUUUCCAACUCUAUCUAUUUUCUGUUGUUUCUUGUGCAGAAAAAUCCAAAGAGGAAAGACUGCAUUGACCUAUUGAGGGUCCUUGCUCGCCAAGGUAACUCCCACUGUAGCUAAUCUUGUCAACAUGUUGGACUUAUCCUUGAAAUCUCCACUAAGCUUGCGUCAGAAGGGCUUUGCCCCUCCCCUAUAUAUGUAAACAAUUCACAGGCAGCAGUGACAAGAACUCACCACAUCACAAGAACAACCACAACUAGGAAAUACAAAGCAGAAAACAAAGUGUGCUCACGAAGUGAAAGUAGGGAUCCACAUAUCAACAUAUAAGUUCAAGGAUCAAGAUGGUCCUGGGCUUGGAUUGCUUUGGUUUUAUGGCGAGGAAGGCGUCAAAGUCAUCUACGCAGAAAGAAGAUGGAGAUUCGAUGAAGCAGAAGGAGAACGAUGUUGCAGAAGAAGCAUCCCCAAAGGCUGGUGAGAAGAUGGGGGAUAAGGCUGAGGAGAAGAAGAGCAAGGACACAGGGGCUCCCCUUGUUGUACCUCAUUUUCCUCAGCGUUCUACACCUGGCCUGCUCUAAUUUUCUGUUCAGUCUUUAGUUCUCUCUUGGUGUUCUUGCUGAAGCUAAGUAGGCAAUUAGAGUGGAAAUACAUAAGUUGAGUUCCAAAGGCAAAUUAGUCAGGUAAUUGGAUAAUCAGAACUAGCAUGCUGAGUUGUCAGCUGGUUGAUAUUGAUGAAUCAUCUUGUGCCCAAACUUGAGUUGACUAGUGUUCAUAGUAGCUCGAUAAUAACUACUCUGUUUCUCUGAAUCAAUGAAUUAUAUAUUCAAAUUCGAGAACAAGAAGAUCGAAGGGUAGCUGGAUAUUUGUCAGUACGUUUGUUUCAGUCAACUCUUAUAUCUUUCAGAGA